UUUUGCUGAAUAGUUUAGUUUCAACAUUUUUUUAAAAUUUAGUUUCUCAGAACCGAAUUAAAGUUACACAAUGUGCAGCAAAUUUGGAGAAGACACCACUGCAAUGGAGGUUGUAGAAGGCAUCAGCUUAAGAGGCUAUGAAGUAAUAGUGACCGGUAGAAAUUCUGGAAUUGGUGUUGAAACUCUUAGAGCUUUAGCUAAAGCUGGUGCCAGAUGUGUUCUUUGUACAAGGGAUUUGGAAAAAGGACAUCACGUUGCUAAAGAAUUAAUUGCUUCUACGAAAAACGAUCAGAUCGAGGUCGAGUUGGACUCUUUAAAAAGUGUAGAUGACUUUGUGGAAAGAUUUCUUGCAAAAAAGAGACCGUUAAAUAUCUUGGUUAAUAACGCUGGAGUUAUGGCUUGUCCUAAAUCUUUUACUAAAAAUGGAUUUGAAAAACAAUUUGGUAUUAAUCAUUUAAGACAUUUUGCCUUGACUAUUAGACUUUUACCCGCGUUGAAAGAGGGCGCAAAACAAAUGAGUAACAAAUCUAGAGUAAUCAAUGUCAGUUCAACAGCGCAUGCGUUUUCAAACGUUGAUUUUAAUGACAUCCAUUUCACAAAAGGUAGAGAAUACAAAAGAUUUGUUUCGUAUGGACAGUCAAAAACAUGCAAUUUUUUGUUUUCAUUGGCUUUGGCAAAACGGUUUUUCAACGAUGGUAUUGCAUCGAAUUCAGUUAUGCCUGGAAAUAUCAUAGAACUGAUUGAUGAAAAUGGAAAAUUUCUGAAGAAAUUUAAGUUAGUUGAGGCGGGAGCCUCAACAUUAGUUUGGGCUGCAGUAUCUCCAGAAUUAGAAGGAAAAUCUGGUCUGUAUCUGGAGAAUUGUUCCAUUGGCAAAGAAGAAUCAGACAUUAAAAAGAUACGGACUAUAAUCUUAGGUUAUGCACCAUUUAUUAUGGAUGAUGAAGCUGCUAAUAAGCUAUGGAACAUUUCCGAGGAGCUGCUAAACAACCAAACUACACUACCAUCAUCAAUAUCAACGCCAGUGCUUACUAUAGCACUGCAAGUAGAGCAGUUUUCACCUGAUUUGGUCAAUUGUCAUGUUGAAGGAAAUGAUCAUCGAAAACUGAUAUUAUUAGAAGAGAUUAAACAAAAUAAUUAA